AUGGAUCUCCAAAAUUGUCUGAAAACCGCUCUGAAGAAGAAAUAUCAGAGAUUGUAUAAAUCGUACUCUGCAAAACACUUACUUCAUCCAAGACUUUGCUAUCGGGACCUCAAGCAUGAUCACCAAUUAUCUAAUUUGCAACAGAAUGAGUUUAGAUUUGUUGACAGGUCUGACUUUCAUACUUUGUUUAUUUAUGAAACAGUCACGCUCGGAGCUAUUUUAUCGUGCGACUGCAAACAUAGCAGCAGCAAAAGAACAGUCCUCACUUUAGGCGUGCGUGGAGUUGGAAAAACCACAACAGUGGAGACUUGUGCUCUGAUGUGGGCCGAGGACAUAGGGUACCAUGACAUCCAGCUCCUGUUUCCUUUCACGUUCUGGGAGUUAAGUUUGGUAAAAAAACAAUUGAGCCUUAUUGAACUUCUCCAGACAUUUUACCCUGAAUUGAAGGAGCUUGACAUUUCCUGCCUAAAUGAAAACAACGUGUGGUUUGUCCUUGACGGACUGGAUGAGUAUCAACCCCCGCUAAAUUUCAGCUGUCAAACUGUGAGUAAUGUUUCUGAGGUAUCCACAGUAAACACUCUCGUGAUCAAUUUUAUCAGGGGGAAUUUGGUUCCAAGGGCUCAUAUAUGGCUAACGACGAGAUUUGCAGCGGCAGCACAAAUCCCUGAUUGCUAUUUGCUCAAAGAGACCCAGGUUCAAGGGUUCAGUGCUGAACAGAAGGAGGAGUACUUCAGGUCAGUUAUCGGUAAUGAUGAUCUGGCCUACAAAGUCAUGAACCACGUGAAAAUAUCAAGGAGCUUGGACUUCCUUUGUCAGAUACCGCCAAUCUGCACCAUCAUGGCAAAUGUGUUGAAGGAUCAUGUAAAACCAUCUGAUGGAUUUAAAAUCAAUCCCCUGAGUCUAACCCAGAUUUACACCAAUCUGGUCAAAGCAUCAAACCCAGACAUGGUGGCCAAGCUUAAAAUACUGGCACGGCGGCUUUGGAUGGGUAAGGGUCAUGUAUUUUAUGAGCAUGUUCUUACAGAUGGUGACAUAAGUGUUGCGGAAGCGUCAACUUUCUCCAAAGAGUGUCCAUUUGUGUUGAAAGAAGAGAAGGGGCUGCAUAACACCACAGUGUUUCGCUUUUAUCACUCCAGUAUUCAGGAGUUCUUUGCUGCGUCUGCUGAAUUGGACAAUAUUGAAAAAGGUUCUGAUCAGUCGGAGCAUUGUCGGCAUCUGGUGGACAAGGCGCUGCAGAGUGCUGAGGGGACAUUUGAUGUCUUUCUUCGCUUCAUCUUUGGCCUCAUUAAGGAACGCGGCAUAUUGAAGCCCACUGAUCUGCUCUUUGACUAUACCAAGAAGAAGAUCCUGGAGAACAUUGUGUUUAAUAGUGCAGUGGGUCUCUUCCACUGUCUGAGGGAGUACAACAACCAGGCUUUACUGGAUGAAGUCAGGUUCUUUCAGAAGUAUGGCUUGUUGGAGUUGGAAAGGACCAGCAAUUUGGAAGGGAUUAGAGAGAGUUUUGAGCUGAAUGUGUCCGCAAGAUGUGAUGAGAAUCUCCUACGAGAGCUACCAGCUCUUAUGAAAUCCAAGAAAGCCAUGUUGCGGUUCUCCAACCUGACAGACGAGUGUUGUCCAGCCUUAGCAGCAAUCCUGAGCACAAGAGAGUCCUACCUGAGAGAGCUGGACCUGGGGUACAACAGCAUCAGUGACGAUGGAGUCAGCAAACUUGUGGAGGGGCUGAGCGAUCAAAACUGCAAACUGAAAAGUGUCAGGCUGCAAGGCUGUGGAGUGACAUCACAUGCAUGCAAAGACCUGGCCAUAGCCCUGAGACAGUCCUUGAAAUUGCGAGAGCUGGAUCUCAGCAUGAAUGAAAUAGGAGAUGACGGAAUGAGACAUCUUGCAGAUGGUUUGAUAUCUCCUGAAUGCCAGUUAGAGACACUCGGACUAUCGCAGUGCAACAUUGGGGCAAAGGGCUGCUACAGUCUGGCCUCAGCACUACAGAAGUACGGCAACCUGAAAGAGUUGGAUCUGAGCAUCAAUAUGGUUGGAGACAUGGGGGCCAAUGAGCUCUUCUUAAAAUGUGAUAUAUCGCAGCUAACAAAGCUGGAGAUGUACCACUGUGGCCUCACAUUGUUGAGCUGUGGAAGCAUCGGGAAAGCUCUGAAGGUCGAAGCCAGCACUCUGGUAGAACUCAAUUUGAGCAACAACAACUUGAAAGACGCAGGCUUUGCACUCAUCUGCGAGGGCAUGUACGCAUGGUGUAGUCUGGAGAAACUCAAUGUUUCAAGGUGUGGAAUCACUACUGCGAGUUGCAUUUAUCUGGCAAAGGUCCUGUGUUCAGUCUCCCAGCUCUAUAAUGGGUUGAUGCCGAAAAAAGACUGGCAGGCAGUGGAGCUGAAGGAGCUUGACCUCAGCAUGAACUGCCUCGGAGACAAUGGAGCCAGAGAAGUAUCGGCUGGACUCAGGAAUCCUUGCAGCCAUCUGAAAACUCUCAACCUGAGUCACUGCAGCCUGACUGAUGACUGCUGUGCAGAGCUUGCAUCUGGACUUGCUUCGAAGGAGAGCGUUAUCAGCGAGCUGGACCUGUCUGGCAAUGACCUUCAAGAUAGGGGAGUGAGGCAGCUCUGUGUGGGACUCCGAAACCCUCAGAGUAAACUUGAAAAAUUGUUACUGAGGACCUGUGGCCUGAGCUCGAGGAGCAUUCAGUUACUGACCGCUGCCCUGAAGUCAAACCCCCAACAUCUGGCAGAGCUGCAUCUGAUGGGCAACGAUCUGAACAACUCGGGAAUCAAAGUGUUAGUGGAACUAACAAAGAACGAGAAAUACUGCUUACACAAAAUAGAUGUGUCGGCAGAUUGAGGAGACAAACACAAGGACACAACCUGCUCAAACUUCGUUCAUACUUACUGUACACACCAACUCCAUGCUAAUUAGGUUGUGAUUACCUGAUUAGCUGGCCUAUCAGGAGGAAGGGCCCUCAAUAAAGGAGGACCAGGAAGAGCUGGCCCAGUCUCUCUUCAGCCUGUGUCGUGGUCUGCUGCUGAUGUCCUUGACCAAGCAAAUUCUAUACAGUUCUAUGAGUCUACUACUAGGAGCAGUGUGCAGUGGUGCCCUUGAUCAAGGCCACGGCAGGGCAGGAGGUGAACUGGGACCUCUCCAAGUAGCAGUCACACUCCAUUUUUUUAGGUCUGGUCGGUGACUUGAACCAGCAACCAGCAAUAUGUGCCUUAAGU